GUUGAUGUUAUCACAGCUUCUGUUACUCAGAGAGAGAUCAGACAACGCUCUGUAACAGACAUAUAGCUCAAACAGAGACAAAUCAUGGAUGACGCAGUGCUGGAAAACAUUUUCUUACUGGUCUUGGUCACUCUUUUGAGCGUCGUUCAGAAUGUAUUCUUCGCCCUAAAGGUCGAGAAAGAAUGUAAGGCCAAUACUUCUAAGCAGCAAUGUGCUGGGUUCGAGCGCCUGUCUUGUGCCACCCGAAAUUGCAUGGAUACUUACCCCACCUUCCUGGCAGUAAUGUGGUGUGCUGGUAUCUGCCUUAGUCAAGCUCCGGCCGCGUUUGCUGGUGUUAUUUACCUUGUGGUCCGACAGAAGUACUUUGUUGGCUACAUGGGGCAGACGUGCCAGAGCAUUCCAGGCUUUCUCUUUGGGAAGCGUAUCCUCUUUUUUCUAUCACUCAUGUGUAUUGUGGGAAUCAUAAACUACCUGUUGCUCAACUACGGUGGGAAUGAUUACAAAGGCUACAUACAGACCAUCACCCAAGCAGCAUCAACCCUCCUGCUUCUUCCUUAA